GUACCGAGUCGGCAGCAACGCAAUUCCCGAAUCAGUUUUGUUGUCAUUUUCCGUGGAAUUCCUGUUACUACUGCUUACAAUUUAUGAUGCAUUCUACUCUUAUUUAAUUUUUAAUUUGAUUACAAGUGCACAAAAACUGUCAGUGAACCUGCGGCUAAUUUAUUACAAACUCCAUGAUUCACUGCGUAACUUAUCGUGACCCUGUUACUCACAGGGUUCAUCUGGAUGGAUCAUCAGUUUUUUAGGCUAUGUUAAUUUCAACUAGUGGUUAAAAAUAUUUUACCUAUCCAUAUAAUUUCUAAUUGCGUUUUAGAGAUGCGUUUCAAACUCUCGUAACUCUAGUGUGUAUUUCAAGCCGGUUGAACAACAUUUGAAAUCCGUGUCGGUGGAAUUCACAUCUCUUCAAGAGCUGUCAAAAUGAGAAAGUUUCCAACAUUUUUUGGUGGAACCCCUAAUAACUUAGUAAUUGCCUGGCGCUGACCAAAUUUUUUGUCCAAAGAAAAUGGUUUUCUAGCAGGAAAUCUCCAAAUUUCUGACCUAAGAAACUUUAGCACUGUUGAAGUAUGAAUUUCACUCCAUUUGGAACUACAUUUUCCACCAAUUCCUUACCUGCAAGUACCAAUGCGUCUGUUCAUCAGUUGGCCUCUACAGGCGCAAAAUUUUCUGCUCAUAAUAUGGCCGCAGCAGCCACAGGUCAAGUGCUGGGAGUCCUCAGUUCAGAUGACGGUGGAGUUACUUAUUUAAGACCAGUCGACACUAAUGGCUUCACUGUUAAUCUUGCUCAGCAACAGCCUGUUGCCAGCAGCCAACAACAUAAUCAGAUAAUAACACUGCCCAUACAAGUGCCUGGUGCGAAGCCUGGCGAUUUAUCCCAGCAUCAAACUCUACAGAUUCAAGUACUGCCGAACCUAGGUGGCGAUAACAAAAUUCAUGCAGUUCCUGUUUCUCUUCAACAUUUUCAACAGGGCACUGCAACUGUCCUGAAUGUUGUGUAUGGUAAUCCUGCUGAUGGCAAUGAAUCCAUUCAAUUACAGCUAUCUCAACCAGAAUUGGAAGGAGAAAGUCACGAACAACACAAUAACAACAAUAAAAACAGUAACAACAACAAUGACUCGUCGUCUUCAUCAACUUUGAAUGCCAGUAUACAAGCAGAUGAGAUGCUGUCUGAUGUUAAACCAAUUCUGUCUGACCAGUCUGGUGCAGGUUCAUAUCCUGUAGCUGUUGUAGUUCCUCCAGAAAUAAUUAUUAGAACCCAAGCAGAGGCUGAAGCAGAUAAAACCAAAGAAAAAGAUGCAAGGAGUGGAGAAGAUUACAAUGCUCAGUGGCAAAAUGCUGCAGCAGGGUCCCAAAUAGCUGAAUAUUUGUCGCGGGUUGGCACUACCUCAUUACCAAUGUCAUUACAACACUUCCUAAAGUUUUCUGCAGACACAAUCAAACGAGAAGCCCUAAUAGAAUCAUCGCCUUUAUCUAAUCCCAACGAAGAAGAGACUCAAACCAGUGAAUUUAUCAUUGGAACUAAUAGCGGAACUGUUGAAAAUAACCCGCUAAAGAAAAAGCGGAAAAAGUACAAAAAGAAACCACCAAAACCAAAGAAACCCCGACCGGGUCAGGUGCAUAUAGCAACUGCACUUGAUGGAACCACACUCUUUUGUUGUCCAGAAUGUAAUAUGGCCUAUUCUGAUAAGGACAUGUUAGAGCAGCAUCUUGUUGCACAUAAAAUUGAGCGCAGGUUCAUCUGUGACAUUUGUGGAGCUGGGCUGAAGAGAAGAGAACAUUUAGAGAGACAUAGGUUGGGUCACAAUCCAGAGCGCCCCUAUGUGUGUUCCAUAUGCUGUAAAGGUUUCAAGCGCAAAGAACACCUUAAUUUGCAUUUUGUGAUCCAUUCUGGGGAGAAGACAGAGGUUUGUCCUGAAUGUGGUAAAGGCUUUUAUCGACGAGAUCAUCUGCGCAAACAUGCUCGGAGUCACAUUACCAAGAGGAUCAAAGAUGAGUACAAUCAGCAGCAGCUAGCACAACAGCGAGCUCAAACACAAGCCCAACUGACGUUAGAUGAACAACAGCACCAACUAUUUUUACAGCAGCAAGCAAUCGCAAGUGGAGAGCACCAUGUAGUCUCAAUCCACUCAACUGAUGCUUCUGUCAACACACAAAGUCAGCAGACUCAAGAGAUUGACUCAAAAGAUGCAUUAGUAGCAAUAAUUCAGCAACAGCAAGCACAGCAACAAACAUCGCAACAGCAGACACAACAGUCUCAACAAGUUCAACAACAACAACAACAACAACAACAGCAACAGCAAGUUCAACAGCAACAGCAAGUUCAACAGCAGCAGCAAGUACAACAGCAGCAGCAAGUUCAACAGCAGCAGCAGCAAGUAUCACAGCAAUCACAGCAGCAAGUGACGCAGCAAUCGCAGCAGCAAAUUCAACAGCAACAGCAGCAAGUUCAGCAAACUCAGCAGUCACAAGUUGUGCAACAUCAGCAAACGCAACAGCCUCAAACGGUGCAGCAACAAGUUCAACAGCGGCAUGUUCAGCUCCAAGUACAGCAGCAACCUCAGGUUCAAUUGCAGCAAGAUCAGCACGCUACGAUAACUAUCACAAAUCAACACAGCACCAAUGCUAAUAAUGUAAUCAGUAAUCUGUCUGAUGCACAAGCACAUGCAAUUGUUCGUAAGUGCAUGAAAAUUGAUUCGGAAAAUCAGUUGUCGCGUAACGAAAUACAGAAUUCGGAUGACUCGGGUCCUGUCCUGCGAAUUAUGGAAAAUGCCUAGUUAACUGCAUUUACUGCCUGUUUUUAUUUUUUUAUUUUGUCAAUAUGUUGGACAGUGUUAAGCGGAAGAAUGCUUUAUAAUCAGGGCACUGGUAGAAGCUAGCAUUCUCCUGUCCACAGCAUUUUAGUUUUUAUAUCUGAAGGGAGCAUAUCUUAUAUGGACGUAUUUCUGCCAAACGGAACUAUGUGCAUUAAGAUAUGAGCCCCGAGGCCCAUAAGAAUAUAUGCAUAGCAGGGCUCACGUCAUAAUAAACAUAGUUCCGUUUGGCAGAAAUACGUUCAUAUUUCUGUCUCUAAUUCACGCCCAAUGUGAGCUAUUGGAAAAGUUUCAAUACUUCUCAUUCUUAUGGAUUUUGUUCAGCGUAAGGGAACCACUUCUUCAAGAACACAGGACCUGUUCAAAAAUUUGGUUGGCAGAAUCAUCCAUAAGAAUCAAUGCUGAUCCAUUCGUACUUGGUUCUUUUUUAUGGUUUAAUUUUGCCAUUUUUCCCAUCACCUAGAAGGAGCCACCUCUUAAAAUGAAGUAAAUGAAUUGUGAAUUUUUCUACCAAGUUCAAUUCCCUUGUAAUGAUUAAACGAUCAAAAAUCUAAAGGUCAUUAAAAUUAAAGUGUUGAAUACAAAAAUAUCAGCCAUCUAUGAAUAUAAAAUUCUGCCAACCUCUUGCAAUGAGUAACCUUGUUGUCAUGAAAGGUUGUUUCCUUUCGCUUGACACUCUUUUUUAAUUAUUGAGUUGAGACUUGUUGGAUUAAAUUAUGGAAAACAAGUUUGUGAAAAUAUAUUUUUGUAUUUUAAGAAUACAAUUGUAAGUUUCCAACCUUUUUUCCUGUAAUCGGCCAUGUUCAUCCUUAUCAACAAUUCAGAAUAAUUGUUUCAGCUUAAGCUUGAUUUCGGGAUUUAUGUGUGCUUCUUCCUCGAAGAUUAUUUGUUAAAAACUCUGUGUAUCAGAGCCUGUUAACUAGUUUUAUGAUUUAUUGCUAGCCUUUGCUAAAUGAUGAUUGAAAUUUAGUUAUUGGGAAAAAAACUUAAUUAAAUGUAAGUAUGCAUGUAAGAACAGGGGCUUCCAAACUAUUAAUACGUAGUCAGGGUUUCCUCCACCUAAUAAUUUUGUAAAACUGACAGCCAAUAAAUCAGUAUCCAAAACUAAGCCCCAACUGAGCCUACCUUGCAAAUUAAAGUUCUGAAGCCCCUAUGCUAGACUAUAGGACUUCCUAAAUGCAAUUUUUUUUAGUGUAUUUUCCAAAGGAAAUACACUAUUGGGUCCUCCCUCAUGGUGAGACCUGGUUUUUCAUUAUUUUCACUAUUCCAGUCUAUGAUCUAAAUUUUCUGUGGAACAAGAUGUUUAAGUAAAGGGACCAGUUUUUAAUAGGCAAGACGCACUGGAGCAUUCAAUGCAAGAAAGAGACUUUGAAUAAUCUUAUUGAACGUUUCUUCAGAGGAUUGACUGUGACUGCGACUGUGAUUCAAUAGAAUAUUCAACAUGAUUGAUCUGAAGCAAAAAUUCAUGAGAACCUGCUCGAAAUAAAUCAGAAUUUUAGGUCUCAAAAAGCAGAAAAGAUCAGUCCCUCAUAAGACUGAAAAUGCUGGAUACUUGAAAUUGAAGAAGAGGAUAAAAAAUAGAUUUCAAGAAACUGCUCCAAGCGCUUUAAGUACGCGGAUUUACAAUGUGACUGUGUGUAUCAUUAAUUUCUCAGGCAAAUGUGACCUACUGUUUGAGUGUAAACAGCAAGUAAAAAAAGUGGACUUGUAUGGCUUCUCUUAUUUAGUAGACAAUUAAUCUAGUAGAACCCUUCAGGGUCAAGUGAAUAACGAGUGCUUCCUGACUCAUGAGAAAUGAAGUCGCAGGCACAUCUCUGUCCUUUUUUUUACUGCUCAAUGGAAAAGGAGAAGAGUAUUAUUUUUGCUCAGUGUCUCAACUUGACCAAUGCCAAAUCCACCCCUAUUUAGGAGACGGAAAUGGAUUAACUGCAAAAUACAGAUGAAAGUUUUAGGUUAAUUUUAUGUUAAUAAUAAAAGUGGCAAGUACAUUAAGGUAUUUCAUUUUGCUUUUCAUGGGAGAAGAAUGAUUGAAAUUUUCUUAUUUCGUUUUCACUUCAAAGAGAGGCUUCUGUGCAAAUAACUUUACUGUAUUGCCGUAUUUUUUUAAAAUAUGAAGAAGAAUGCUGUUUAGCAUUUAAGCUUUCAAAAUCUCAAAAAUUCUGUCAAUGUUACAAGCAUUACUAGGAAACUUUAUAAUUCAGGGAGCAAACAUACUAGGAGAUGAUCAUGCAUGUUAACUACUGAAACUUACUAGUUCCUUUACUCAGUGAACUUAAUCAACAAAACUAUCUUUUUUAGUGCUCUCAGUAUCAAGGUCAUUUAAUUAGUCAUCGAUCAAAUUUAGUAAGCAGCUACAAAUCAGAAUGCUUUUUUAGGGAAGAACUACCCUCUAGAUGCAAAGAUUUCCCUGGGUUUUUUUAUUUCUGUACCCCAGAGGAACAAAUAGUUAACUUCCUAUUAAUUAUCAAUGUCUUUUUAGGAGACACUGAAAGUAAUUUUUUAACAAUUGUAAAACAUGUAUUUAUUCUUUACUUGUUAUCCGUACGCUUUUGCUAAUCUGGCGUUUUACAACUUCAAAUUCGUAAGAAAAAGAAAGUAUUAAUAUGUUCAAUGGGUGAGGAGCAGUUCAAACUUUACUGAGCACCAUACGCCAAAUGGACUGCAUUUUGCAAUUUGGACCUAUAAAUUCCGGCCCGGUUUAAAAACAACGUAUGUACCAUUAGUUUCCCUAUGCACAUAAGUGUUUUUUCAGAUGAGCCAGAAUUUAUAGGUCCAAAUUGCAAAAUGCAGUCCAAAUUUUCCUAGAAUGAGGGGCGCCAUGAAAACAAGGCCCCAAAAUGUUCGGACAGGCUUAACUUCUAUUAUGUCCUUGCUCUUUGAAAAUGUCCUGCUGAAUCUUUAAGUUUUUGACCAAAAAAUUGUUGAUGGCACCUAAAAAAUAAACUUGUUGGCCGGAUGGCCCCUAAAAUUUUUUGAUGAAGUUAGAACACUGAGGGAGGGGGGCUUUUUGACUCACAGCAGUAUCGAUUUAUGUAGAUCUACUUUGUCAGUAAAUCCAUCCUUAUAUCACCUAACCUCAAGCGGUAUAACCUAGAUCCAACUACUUUCUUCCAAUUUUCAUCCUAGAAAUUUUGGUACUAGAAAUAAUUACAUACUUAUAGUACUUUCAUGUUUUUAAGGGUGUAGAUUUAUUAUUAAAUUGCUCUUGGUUUUCAAUAAAAUUUGCCAGUUGGGUCACAAUCAAUUCUAUGUGAAUAUUCUUGGAUUUUUAGAGUUUUCAAUUACUUUCUGCAAAACAUGUCUGAGCUUUUUAUUUGACACUCUUUCGUCAGAAGUACCAACAAGUAUUAGAAAUUCAGUGCAGGGUUGAAAAGAAUAAUUGAAUGUUUUAAAAAAACAUCAUCCAUGAAGGUUUCUGAAGAUUGAUGAAUUUUCCCACCUUUCUUUUGGCCCCUCUAUCAUCAUGAAAUUUUCCGAGAUGCUUUAAGAAAUGGCAGUAGCCGCUUUUUUAUUUGUAUUAAGCUGUAUCAGCAUUGUGUUGAUUGAAUCGAUAUUUGGUCCUCUUUGUGUCAAGCUCUUAGUGAAUGCUACCUCUUAUAUUGUGUAUGUAAAAUAUGAGCACUUCCCAAAUAGGAUCAGAAUGAGAUUUUGACUAUUUUUAAAUGUACUUAAAUCUUUGUAUGAUGUACAGUAACGAGCCCAUUUUUUUCGAACAUCACCUUCUACACAUUAACUUUAUCACCAAUAUGUUGACUAACAAUUUUAAGUGGAAACAAAAUAUUCUCCUUUGUUAAAAUUUGUUCCCUUUUUUUAUUUUUAACGGUUCUCUUGUGUUGAUUCUCCUUUUGAAGGAGAUCUGAAAUGAUAAUUUUUUCCUCAUAUCAUAGAUCUUAUUUGUAGGUUAAAUAACUUCUUCUUUAAUUUAAAAUUUCAGAGGUAAAAGGCAAUUUUUGACAUCAUCGUUACGUGUACAAGAGAAUAUAAAUGUACUUUUCUGAAGAAGAUAAGUAAUUUUUGCUCUCUCUCUGAGGAACAAUUACCUCUCACUUUGUCUUGCAUCUGUUUCUGUGCAAAUGAUUGACCCCCAAAAAAGAAAGAAGUAUCCAGCUGUUUGCAACAAUAUUUUUGUCUCUUGAAAAGGAAAGACGUUUCCUCAGAUCAGGAGAAAGAUGUUCUCGAAAAAAAAAAGAAAUUGAACGUAAAUUAUUUUAAUCCCCUUCAAGCUGUUCUACCCAAAUGCUCAUGGCCUUUCCAUGAGAAAUUUUGUAUUAAAUCCUGGGUCCCUUUUUUAUUGAUGUCCGUGAGACAAUGCAGAAGUUAAGCUGCACUGUGUAAUGCUGUGUUCUACAUGUCUGUCAUGCAUGAAUAAAAGUGCGGUUUGAAAAAUUUCAUCGUGCUAAUGGUGCUUUGGGGAUAGGAUUACAUUUUUUUUCUUGUCUCUCUGCUUCUUUAAAUGGUUGCAUCAAAGAAUACCACCUGUGUAAUAAAAUUCUCAAAACAGUCUCAGUAAAUUUUGAUGAUUGCUUUUUUACUAUCCCUCUCAUACAUCUAAAUCAGUUUAUGUCCAUAUAAUUCUCAGAUGUACCUUUUUUGUACAUGUAUCAGAUUCACUUGAAGUUUCUCUUAGAUUGCAUUUAUUACGAAAGUUAUUUUUCAAGCAGAAUAUUUUGUAGUUUAAGAAGAAUGAUUUCCAUCAAAUAAUCUUGUUUCAUUCAUCAAAAUUGAUGUAUACGCGGCUACCCUCUUGGUCGGGCAAUGCAUCAAUUCUGUAAUCAGCAUUAUUUUUGUGAGGGUAAUUUCAUGCAAAAUUUUUCAAUGAAUGUUUUUUGAUUGAUUGUUUACUUAUUUUUUAACAUUUUUGUUCGUCUCUCUUCUACAGUGUACAGUUGAAAAUUCACAAUAUUUUUAUAUCUAAUUUGUAGAAACAGUGAAAUUCCAAUUUUUUCAACUGUAAUCUUUUUCGAUCAUUUUACCAUGUUUUCUCACCUUGCAAAUCUAUUUUUGUAUUUAAAAAUGUAUUUAACUGAAAAAUUACUGUAAAAAAUACGUAUUUCGUAUUAUUUAAUCCUGCAUCUAUUGUUAUGGAAUUCUUUAAAAUUUGUUUCAUGAUUUGUAUCAGGGUAGCUUAGAACAAAUGUGGUCAUACGUGCGACCCAAAAUACACUGCAACUCGGUGAAGACUUCACACGUGCAAAUGGGCAAAGUUUUCUAAUAUUAACUGAACUCUUCACUAAUUAAUAUUUAAAUUGUACGUAAUUUGUCAUCCAUGAUCUUUAAUUGUAUUUUCACUAAUAUUAUUGAGACAUACCGGUCAGGUUUAAAGAAAUUUGUCUCCUAAAAUUUCCCUGUGUAUUUCUUAAGAGUGUAUUUUUGCACCAUUGAAAAUUUGCGAUGGUUUUCUCACUACCUUAGACAGAGUUCAUGUAGGAGAACAUCUGCAAGUACUCGCAUUUGUUUUAGGUUACCCUGGCCUGUAGUGAGUUAAUAGAUCAUACCUGUCAUCAAGCCUAUUCUAGCUAUAUUGACCAUCCCACUGCACAGUGAACAAAGAAUUAGAUUUUUUUAUUGAAUUUUUUGUAACCUCUUUUUGCUGCUUCAAUUGUGUUUAUUUAAAAAAAUUAAUGAAUUUGUCGGAGGUGAAGUGGAGGGAAAUCCUUCCACUUACCUUUUUUAUUUACCAUAAAUGCAGAUAAAAUCUAAAUUCCAAGAUAGUAGCCAUUUCAUUUUUUUAAGUUAUCUCUUUCCUGUUUUUACAAGAGAAACUCCCUCUGCAUUUAGUUGCUCCAAAGAAUGUUGAAAUGGACUGCAUAGUUGUAUUUUGUUUGGCGUAACAAACAGAGUUAUUUUGCAACAUUGCUUAACAUCCUUAUUUUGUUUAAGAGUUAUCAAUUUUUAGUGGGCGGGCCUCAUUUAAUUGAAAUUGAAAAAUGUAACAACCUCGCGGCAACGUUUUGAUGAGCACAAGUCAGAAUUUUCUCUGAGUAGGUUCUAAAUAUUGUCUCGAAGUCCUUAACCUCUUUACUUUUGACUGCUCUCUCAUUAGUUGCUGUUGAUAAAAUUGCUGUUUGAUUAGUUGCUGUUGAAGAAAGAGGAUUCCUCUUUCUUCUGAUUGGAGCGUGAUCCAGAUAAUGUAAGACAGGGCUUAAUUUUCUCAAAAUAUGUUUCCACUGUUACCGCAAUCAUUAUACGUCUCAUCUUUGAGAAGCCACUGAAAAUUCGCAAAACAGUAAUCUCCUUAUUUCACAUGUUUUCGUCAACACCAUGUUAUAGAUUUUUAAUUUUUUUUCGAGGAUAGCUUUUCCGCUCAUUUGAAAUGAUAUUUUUAUAAGUUUAAGCCCUCAGAGACACCCUUGCCAAAACGUCAACCAGUAAAAAUUGAUUUUUCGCCAUACUUUUAUAUUCAUCAGUUGCACUGGUAUGGGAGGUGUAAAUUGUUACUUUAAUACGUCCCAACGUCUCUCUCCACGAAAUUUUCUUACUUGCCUCUCUAAUGAUUCAGAAGUCCUCUGACAAAUUCUCUGAUUUGAUCUAAAUUAUAUCAGUUUGUCUGGUUUCAACGUCUAUGAUCAAGCUUUUAAUUUGAAUUAUCUAGUUGAUACAGGCACUUUCAAUGAGACAUUGGAACAUACAGGGACAAACUCUCCUAAAAUUCAUUUGCCCUCCUCAAUUAUUUAGUUUACUUGCAACACUAAUUUUGGUACCUAGUACAUAUUUCGACUUUGCCCAAAAUUUUGAUGGAGAGUGAUAAUUUUGUUAACGAUCACUUAUUUUGUUUUAUACCUGUUGUAUUUUUAUAUUUAUCAUUGUUUAAAUUUUUUAGUCAAUUUUCCUUCUCAUCCUGUGGCGCUUGCCCCUCCGCUUUUUCCUACUGUAAGAAUUAUAAUUUAAGUUCAAAAAUAGCGGAAGAGUAAUAAUAAAUAUAAAAACUUAGUUUAAGAGCUAGUUAAUCAGGGUGAUGGGUUUUGCGGUAAUUUUUCCCCCUAUCUGAAGCCUGUGAUGAUAUUAAAUGUUAGCCUUCAUGUCAGUUGACCUCUAAAUUAACAGCCUGUAACUUCUAAUUAUCAUGAAUGAUCCUGUUAACUUCUGUUUCAUUGAAACUAUCCAAAGAACACUGAUGCCAAGCAGGUUGAGUUCAUUGUGAAUACAUUGGCAAGGUUCAAAUUAUCAUCAAUUCGUUUCUGAAUUCCUCUUUUCAGAAAUAUAAAAAUACACUGCAGGUUUUGCAAUCAUCUCAUGUAAAAACGGUCUAGAGGCUUUUCAGAAUUGGUUUUGCCUCAUGUCUCAAUACCCCCUUCUUACUGAAGUACAGAUCCUAGUUCUUUUGUUGCGCCACUGAGCUAAAAAAAUUCAGACUCAGAGCAAUUAUUUUGAGAACUUCAUUGCUUAGGCUUCCCUGUUAGCCCAUCGCAAAAUUGAAAUUUGAUAGUGUGCAAGAAGACAUUCUCUUCUGCCAGCUUUUAAAAAUUGGUCAGUGUUAGAAAAAUUUUUCAGUGCAACAACGCUCAUCUCAUUAGUUUUAUGAUUCAUAAUACAUUUUUUUUUUCAUUUCUUUUAAAAUUAAAUUUGUAAUGCAUACAACUAUAACUAUGAACUUAUUUUUAAACUUAUGAAGUACUAAUUAUCCUCAAAAAUCAUUAGGUGAAAGUUCCUGGAUCAUCAUGAGCACUCCUUGAACAGUCACAUUUUAGGCAGUCAUUAAAUCCACCUGGUGCUCCUAAAUUAAAAGAUCAAAUUUAAUUUUUUCUUUUUUUCUUUUCUCUGAAACAUCUAAGAGCCUCUCAUUUUCAUCUAUUUCACAAUAUCCUUCCCCAAUCCCCAUUCCUCUUUGUUAAAAUUUUUUACUUUUUAUUUUUGGGGUAUUCAACAAUCUUUUCUCCAAAA